UGGCGAGCACCCCACAAUUCCAAGGAUGCAUCUCAAGCUGGUGCUCCUACCUCUGUCUCCUCACCCUCCCCUUCCCCCUCCAGCUCACAAAUAGCACCAGUGGGGCCUGGUCCUCGCUUUCCGAGCUCUUAAAGAGAGAACACAACAGGAGUCAAGCGAGCAAGCAGACUGAGAACGGAAAGAAGCAACAAGUCGAGGGGCGGUGAUGGCGGUUUCGACAGAAGCCUUUGUCAGGGCAGUGCAAUGGAGUACAAGUGUGGCAGUGAAUGACAGAGGUCUGACUGUGGAGAAUUGCGCUUCACAUCGGGUUGGUGAGAUGGGGGCAGUUAGCAGGAGCUCCAUGAGGCUGUCAACUGAUUGCGCAGCGAGCGACCGGUGGGUCAUGCACGGGCCAAACCGGGACGAAGUUCUGGCUUUGGAACAUAGUUGGCGGCAAAGAGGAGGAUGGCAGUGCUCGGCAAGAAGAAGGGAGGGUCAAAUUAUGGACUGGAAGACGUUGACAACUAUGAGGGGAAGGACUUUCAAGGCAGUGUCGGUGUGGGGCAUGGAGGGGGAGGAGGAGGACGAGGAGCAGGAGGACAAGGGUCAUAGGCGGGAGAAUUCAAAAAGUUCGAUGAACGGGAGAUGGAGGGGAAGUGCCAGAAUGCGAUCGGUGGCAACGAUGGCGUCUGCAUCAGCUGCAGCUAUAUCAACGGCAAGGACAGGAGAGAAGGAGACGAUUGGCGGGGAGGCUGAUACUGCAAGGGCGGAGGCGCAGACACGCGUUGACGUGUUGGCGGAAGCGUUGCCAUAUAUGCAAAGAUUUCGCGGGAAAACUAUCGUCGUUAAGUAUGGAGGGGCAGCAAUGAAGGAUGAGAGUCUGAAAGCUGAUGUGAUUAAGGAUUUAGUGCUGCUGACGUGUAUCGGCGUGAGGCCAGUGUUGGUGCACGGAGGGGGCCCAGAGAUCAACCAAUGGUUGAAGAAGUUGGGCAUCCAGUCGGAGUUUCGGAAUGGGUUGAGGGUGACGGAUGAAGCGACGAUGGAGGUAGUGGAGAUGGUGCUCGUCGGGAAAGUGAAUAAAUCGAUCGUGUCGUUGAUCAACAAGGCAGGAGGAUCAGGUGUGGGCAUGUGCGGUAAGGACGCAGGGUUAAUUACCGCAAGAGCAUUGGAUACAGGCUUAGGUUUUGUGGGAGAGGUAGCAAGCAUGGACACAACGGUGUUAACGGAACUCGUCGAAGGCGGGAGAAUCCCGGUGGUGGCCACCGUGGCGGCCGACUUGUCAGGACAAGCGUACAACAUCAACGCCGAUGCAGUGGCCGGAGCGCUAGCAGCAUCGCUGAAGGCAGAGAAACUGAUAUUGAUGACCGACGUGCCUGGAGUGAUGAGAGAUGGCAAAGACAUUGCGUCAUUGAUAACGGAGGUGGAUGUGGAGGGAGCAAGGAAUCUGAUGGCAGAAGGAGUGGUGUCCGGGGGAAUGAUUCCGAAGGUGGAGUGUUGUAUCCGCGCACUGAGCAACGGUGUGAAGAAGGCGCAUAUCAUUGAUGGAAGGGCACCGCAUUCACUCCUCAUGGAAUUACUCACCGAUCAAGGAGCGGGAACCAUGAUAUCCCCUUAAAUUAUCAGUUCGCACGAAGCUAAGUAGUGCUCUUACCAGUAUACCUGGUGAGAGCAUGUCGAUUCGGGCCUGGGACGAGAGUGAAAGCGGGAGGCCACUUUGAAAAGGCAGAGUUGCAGGCUCGUGAGGCUUGGAAGGUAGGUUCGUGAACUUAGGCUCGUGUGAAUUGGUGGUUUUAUGAUAAGACUGAUUAUUUCAUGGUGACGUUUGAAUUGAUUCAAUUUGAUUGGGUUGUGAAUGCAAUGGAAUGACCCAUGGGCAUAUUGUGUCAAUGCAAUUGCAGUUAUUGCACUUCAAUC